UCCGAGUCGACCGAAACGGUUGGCACCGAAGCCGAGGACGCGGUCAUCGGCGGUGACGACAAUCACUUCUUCGCCAUCUCUGCCAAAAACGGCCAAUACUUUGAUCCCUUGUUUGUGACCAUCGCUUGUGACCACCGGUUGACACAAAUCGGCAAACAUAUGGCACAACAGUUGACACCAAUGAUGGCAUCACUCGACACCAUAGAUGUGGGCGAAGAGGCGGACAGACAACAGCCCAAAAUCUAUGCGAAGGACUCAAUGGACAGAUUCGGUGACGACUUGUGUGGACUCAUACUGUCUUAUCUCCCACUCAAACAUCGGUUUCCAUUGGAAUGUGUGUCCAAACAGUUCCGGAGGAAAGUCUUCGAGAGUGUUGUGAACAUCAAAAUCAGAAACCAAUUGUUUGGACUGAAAGGCAAUACAAGCGCUGAUAUCAUAGGAGUGUUGGAAAGAGUGGCCGAAAAGUGUCCAAACAUUCAAUUCAUUGAUUUUCAGAGCCGUAAGGGAAGCGACGCUUUGCAUAUGUUUCCCACAAUUAGCCACAAAUUCCCGCAUUUGAGGGAAAUUUACAGCGGAUUGAGUGAAAACAGCGACCAAUGGUUACCAGUGUUGGCACCGCUGAUCACACGAGACCAGUGCAACGUUUACUCAGUCGAUCAUUGCCACCGAUUGUCUCAUUUAGAAACGGCUUUAUUGAACUAUGUCUUCGACAGCACUUCCGAUGAACUAUUGGUGAAGAAUUUACAACACUUU